AUGAAGGAAGAACAAAAGAAUCCUAUAGAUUAUGCGCUUGACGAGGUGUCUUCGGAACAUGUUGGAGAGAUUGAAGCUAUAAAGGAGGAAGAUAUCGACCAAUUGGAGUAUACUCCCGAGGAAGAGAAAGCGUUACUUCGCAAAAUUGAUCUUCAUGUGUUGCCUCUGAUGUGUGGCAUCUUCUUUGCGCAAUAUCUUGAUAAGCAGUCUUUGACUUAUGCAGCGGUUUUUGGCCUGAAAAAAGACUUGCACAUGAAGGCCCAUGACUAUGCAUGGUGUACAACCAUUUUUUACCUCGGGCAGUUGGGCUCAACUUUUCUGUUCAGUUACUUGAUGACAAUCAUUCCAAGAGUUCCUCUGACUGGCGCCUGUGUUGUCGUGUGGUCAGUGUGCUGCAUGUGUUUAGCAGCUCCAAGCACGAAGGAAGGCUUUUGGGUCGGGAGACUUUUUUUAGGAGUCUUUGAAGCCGUUGUUCAACCUGCAUGCGUUUUGAUUACCACCUAUUGGUACCGAAAGAGGGAGCAGCCUAUGAGAGCAGCUUUUUGGAUCUCUAUGAACGCGAUAGCCCAAAUUGUCGGAAGUUACUUGAUGUACGGUAUUGGAAAGACAAACCCUGGAAAACUUGCAGAUUGGAGAGUGAUGUUCUUAGCCUGUGGGGCCAUCUCUUUGGUUGCAGGGUUACUAUUCUAUUUUCUGGUUCCAAUUUCCCCAAGCUCGGCAUGGUUUCUUAACGACAGAGAGAAACAAAUCGCAUCAAAGAGAAUUCACGAAGAAAGUGAUCGGUUUGCCAUCAAUAAGUUUUCUGUUGGGCAGCUAAAAGAAUGUCUCAAAUUUGACUGGCUAUUUUACAGUGCCUUUUUAUUCGGCUUCUUGAUAACAGUGACAAGUGGUCCUAUUAUUUUCCAGUCGUUGAUUCUGGCCGGUUUCGGUUAUGAUAAAUAUGAUACUAUGAAGUACGGAUCCCCAGCAGGCGCUAUUCAACUUCUUUUCGUGUGGAUUGCUGUUUUUGCCGUUAAAGUUUUCCCUAGAGAGCGGUCUGCCAUAGCUGGCUGCCUUGUUGCCAUUCCAUUAACCGGUAGUAUUAUGGUUCUAUCAUUGAAGAGGAGCAGUGGGUGGUGGGUGAUUGUUGGUUCUUGGUUAGGAUCUGUCAUCACUUGCAUCAUGACCGUUUUGUUAAGCCUGGUUGCCAGUAACGUCAGAGGUAAUACCAAAAAGUCGCUUUGCUCCAACGCUUUUUUCGUUGGCUAUUGUUUAGCGGCAAUCAUUUACCCACAGUGGUGGCUAGGAACAUACCGUGGAGGUCUUAUUGUUACCAUUAUUAUGUGGGUUCUUCUCAUUGUCUUACUUGUAUUUUACAGAUUCAAAGCGAUUCAAGAAAACAAGAAAAAAGAGAGCGCAAGCUUCGAAGCUGAACAAGUCAUUAAUGAUGAUGAUUUCACCGACAAGGAGAACGUCCAUCACAGAUAUGUCUAUUGA